AUGAAAGCAUAUACGGAAGAGACUUUCUUGAAAGCCGAACGCACAGAUCUUGAUCCACAUUUCGAGAAUUUAUUACAAAGAGCAGACAAAACUGAGGAACAUACACGAAGGCUACUCUCAUGCAUAGAAAGCUAUUUGCAGCCUAAUCCUACCAUUCGCAUGGAAGAAGUGUUUUAUGAAAAACUGGAGUUAAAGAAGGAUCAUGCAAGUCGCCUGAAUAAUUUGGAGUUGAUGGCACAAGCUAUGAGCGAAGCUGGAGAGGAAUUUGGCUCAUCAGCACCAUAUGGUCAGUUUCAUAUUUGGAAGAUUUUCUUUGUUUUUCAUGUCAGUUUUCUGAAUAUAUAAGC